AUGGUCGACGCAAACUUUGCGGAACGGCGCAAUGCAGCUCCUCACAUCCCCAAAGCUUGGAAAGAUAUCAGCCAGCAAGUCACAUCCCUCCCGGAUCAGGCAAGCCGCCAAGACUUCGUAAGGGGGUUGUUUCAAGCAGCGGAUUCAAGGUUUGCAUCUGCGUUUGCAGAAGACACGGAUGGUCAGUCGAGAAGCGUGGCGCUGCGUGAUAUCGUUCAUCACUUCAUGAACCCGAAUGUGGCGGCACUGUCGCUCCUGGAAGACAGCACAGUCGAUCAAUGGUUGGCGCAAUAUUGUCCUACAAUUUCAGGCGAUGAGGAUGAGCAGGAGCAGACUUCAGGAAAGGCAAAUCCCGAAGGUGAUGCCAAAAGGAACCGACAAGUGAGGGAUUACCAGCGGGCCAUUUUUACCAAUACUGCAUUCUGGGGAUUGAUGGCCUACCGGGACGGUACCACCGAGUGGCCGUGGGCAGAGAAGCGGCCCUGGUUCAUGAAGCGUGACGUCGUGAUGACGAUGCCUGGUAUGAAGCGCAGAGGCCGGGGAAUCAGGAGCAUAACAGACGACGGCAAAACCAUCCUUGAUCUGCUGGAAGAAUGCGAAGCCAAGCUCGAGGUAUACCGUCAGGAGCAAAAACAGCGCGCCAUUGAUGGCUCUGCUUCACCUAUGGACACCAGCGAGGACUUUGAGAACCCAAAUGAGCCUACUUCGCACAAUUCCAUUCCGCAGCAGACUUCCGGGUGGAGUCCGCCUGACGUUCCGAGACUUCCCACGGGUUUCAUUUCAGGGGCAAUGUUGCAAGACUGGGAGGCUGGGAUAGGUCCAUCGUCACCUGAGUACAGUCGUGGUACCGGAGGCUUGGCAUACGAUCAGCAAUCUCACCAAUCCGGCUCCCUGGUGCCUCUUCCGGAUCAAGGACUGGCCGGGCAGCCGAAUCGCUCAGCGGACGACAGCGUGGAUCUCGGCGAUGAGGAGGCCGAGGCCACCUUUGACAUUGACGAUGUCGAUUCCGAUUCCGACUUCGACGCGUUCCUGGAGAGAAGCUUUUUGAACUUAUCAACGUGA